AUGGGCAUCCACCUGACUUCAUACAUAGACCCACCGUCGUGCUGGCAACGACUGUCCCGGAAAUCGUGCCUCGCGGCAAACAGGGCGAGGGAAUCAGACGACAGACACGUUACGUUGCUCGCACCUCCUGGUAGAAGACUCCGGCGAAGACCCAGGAACUUGACGCUCGAGAAGUUUGUCACGUACGGGUGCAAGUGUUGUAGGACUCACUUGUCGUCGUCGCUCCAGAUCAUAUCAAGGGACUACCAUGGCAGAACAGGGGAUGCGUACCUCAUCAGCCAUGUGUGCAACGUCGCAGAGGAUAAAGUAGAAAUGAGGUCCAUGCUCACUGGGGAUUACCUCGUCUGCGAUAUCGUGUGCAACCUGUGCAAGAGUCUCGUUGGGUGGAAGUACCUGGAGAGCGAGAGAGCGGAACAAAAAUACAAAGAGGGCAAGUACAUACUUGAACUCGAAACGAUAUGCAAGUGCACUUAA